AUGAGACGUCGAUCAUCUUGUGGUUCAUCAACUCGAAAUGCUGUUCAAGUUAGAAGAAGCAGAAGAUCUAAUUUGGCUAGGGUGGAGUAUUUUCCUCGUUCAUUGAGGCUACGACGACAAACUAGUACGGCGACUACUACUACCGCUACUGGUACCACCAGAAAUUCCACGACGCCGAAUAACACUAUUUUGAAUGAAUGUCGUGACCGCCUGCGUAAAGUGAUUCGACAGGUGUACACUUAUGUAUGUUUUAGUAAUCGAGUAGACAAAUGGAAACAUGUACAUUAUUGUUUAACAAAUAAUGCCCGCCUGUUAUCCAGACAGUUGUCUACGCCUACUGUGCGCUCGAUGCCUGCCACCGAUGAUGGUCAUAACGAUAUAUCCUGUGGGUUAGAAUCUUCUCCGAUGGUUGCUAACAAUAUUGGUAAUCCAGUCUCUCUGGCCGAUCCGAUCCAAAUUCCAUACGUCUUUGAUCAUCGUAGUUCAUAUGGUAUAGAAAUCAACGGUGAAAUUCAUCAUACGAGUGUUGUAAUGAUCCCUCAUGUAGAUCCACUACCGAGCUUUACUAUGUGGUCAAAAGUACAGCAAAAUUUCUCUGUAGAAGAUGAAACAGAGUUGACUAACUUGCCGUAUAUUGGAGAGGUGCAGGCUCGAGAGGAUAUGGAUUUUUUUGAAGAGCUGUUGACCAAUUAUGGUGGUCGUUUGCAUGGGAGCUUCCCAUUUGAAUUUGAUGAGUCUCUGCUUGUGCAGCUGGUUGACUUAACUAAUACCGUUUGGUCAGAAAUUAUUUCGUAUUGUGGUUUAUCCAUCGAUGGAGAAUCACCUGUGUCGGCGAAAGCUAUUGAACAUGCAAAUGAUGGGGAAGGCGAAACACAAGAGAAUAAUGACAAUAAUGUUGUCUAUGCUGGGUCAAGUCGGUCUCUGCGUGAAUCUAAUGAUAAACGCCUAGUAAUGAAGGGAUUGAAACCAGAUAAAAAGAAGGAAAGAGAAUAUGCAAAGCAAGAGGAUGUAUUGAUUCCUAAAGGGGGUCGUUUAACUCGUCGAUCUGCACAAAUUGAAAUUAAGGAUAGUAUUGUUGUUCAUGCUAGUGAUAGCGAUAAUGAGGUGACUGUGAGUGGUGAAGAGGAGAAUAAAAGUGAAGGGAAUAUGAUAACAGUGAAAGAAGUGUUCCAAAUUGGUGAAUCGACUGCAGCAGACUUGAGUCUCAAUCCACCCGAAGCGAAGCGUUUUAAAGAUUGUGGAAUCCCUUAUGAAGUGUUUAUUGCGAUAGCUGGAACAUUCGGUUCUACAGAUAAUGCAAAUAAACUUCAACAGAGGUAUGUAGAAAUGAAGGGACGUGCAAAUAAUUCUCAGUUAAAUGAAGAAACAUCAACAUUAUUUCCAAAUUUAGAUAACCCCUUUGAGGUGCACAGGGCUGUCACCAGUGGUCGACGCAAAGUCCUAUCACGAGCUGAUGCUUUACAUUCAUAUAGGACAUUAUUUUGUCGUCGGUGUUUUAAGUACGACUGUUCUUUGCAUCCGUAUAAGUCCACUCCGUCGAUGUGGAGUCAUCGUUGGCCAAUCGAUACCACGAAAGAUGCCGAAACAAACUCCCCGUAUUGUGGUUCAUGGUGUGUCCGUAAGUCGGUGAACCAUACCGCUGGACAGGACUCAAUGAAUAAUCAUAAUAGUAAUAGUAAUAAUAGCAAUGAUGAUAAUAAAGGCGAAGCAAUACGAGGAACUAGCAACGUGGAAUGGAAUCCUGAAGAAAAAUGUCUAUAUGAAGUAUUAGCUCCAUUGUUUAUCCCCUACGGGCAUCCAUCUUUUAAUUUGUACAACUGGUGUUGUAAAAUGUCGAAAUUACUUGGGACGAAGAAGUGUUCUGAUGUGUUGGCAUAUACAAGUACACAGAAUCUAUCGACACUUCUACUCCCAGAUGCUGGUCAGUUGAGUUCAUUACGUAUACCGGGUACUGGUGAAGUAUGGGGUCGACGGUCAGGUAGUAUAGCGUCGUUAAAUGAUAAUGACUGCACCGGAUCAGGAUCAUGUAGUGGAAGUGUUCAUGAUGAUGGAGGAUUUGGUGAUGAGGUGUUUGUGGCGAAUGAAUCAAGUAGUUCUAAUGUUUUAACAACAAAUCUUCGUAAACGAUCGAAAAAGCGUGUUAAAAAGAGCAUGAAAUUGGAAUUGCCAACUCCUUGUGAAGACGAUGAUGAAGACUCGCAAACGAAUGGUUCUGUUCAAAACGGUUUGAGGAACACUACCACUAGUAAUAAGGAUGGCAAUGCCACCCUACCGAGUGGUUGUCUCGCGCAUCAAUAUUAUCCGUGUGAUCAUCCUGGAGAACGGUGUAAUGAUUUGUGUUCAUGUAAGAAGGCUGGAACAUUUUGUGAGAAAUUUUGUCAAUGUCCACCUGAUUGUACGAAUAGGUUUCCUGGAUGUCGUUGUCGUGCUCAUUGUAACACGAAAGCAUGCCCGUGUUUUCUGGCAGCAAGGGAAUGUGAUCCCGACCUGUGUCUGUCAUGUGGGGCACAGGCAUCGUUUGGAUCAUUCACUUCAAUGGAGGAUUUGUUCAACGCUGUUGUAAGAGUUGGUUUUCCAGAUUUUAAAGGACCAUGUCGAAACGUUGCGAUACAGAGAGGCCUACGGAAGCAUCUAUUGAUGGCACCAUCUGAUGUUUCCGGUUGGGGCAUAUUUAUCAAAGAUGGUGCAGAUAAGAACGAAUUUAUCUCUGAAUAUUGUGGUGAGAUCAUUAGUCAAGACGAAGCUGAUCGACGUGGAAAGAUUUAUGAUAAAACCAUGAGCAGUUUCUUGUUCAAUCUUAAUCGUGAUUUUGUCGUCGAUGCAACGCGAAAGGGUAACAAGAUCCGAUUCGCCAAUCAUUCAGUUAAUCCGAAUUGUUAUGGAAAGGUGGUCAUGGUGAACGGUGAUCAUCGAAUCGGUAUAUUCGCAAAACGUGCUAUUCUCCCUGGAGAAGAACUAUUCUUCGACUAUCGUUAUGGUCCCAUGGAACAGUUGAAAUAUGUUGGGAUUGAAAGAGUCAUUCAGUGGAGAAAUCAAACUGAUAUAAUCGAAUGUGGGUUGAUUCCAUGUUUAGUUUUUCGUGUGUACUUAUUAACUGUGUGUGGUAUUAUGCGCUGCGUGAGCUGCUGUUACUGUUCAAUAGAUUCGGUCGUUGUUUCAACAUGUUUAGAACUUUUUCUGCUUUAUUUGUUUAUCUAUAAAUAA